AUGCUUGUCCGCGCACUUGUCCAUGCACGGUGGCAAGAAACAGCUACCUUACGCAGGUUUAUUCAGCAUCCAGGAUGUAAAAGAGAUUUGUCUUCCGGAAGUGAUGGAACUGCGGAAAAGAAACCGUCAGCGAAGGCAACUGCCGAUGAGUUGACAGUGUUGCCGUUCCUGCAGCGCCCACUCGGUGUGAAGGAGAGACCUUUGCCUGUCCUGAAAACAUGGGCGGACACCAGGGAGGAGCUUAUGAAUCAGGAGACGCGUUUGGCACAAAGAGAGCACCUGGUGAAAGAAGCCACGAAGGGCUAUUUUACUGAUCUCAAUGCAACGAGGAGACACGGUGGUAAGACGUGGAUAGCACCUAAUGUGAUGAUCCGCGAGGAUAAAGCAUUUUAUUUCCCAAACAUUGUCGGGUCGAGUCUGGAUACGAAAUCUAAGAAACAUACCGCCAGUAUGUGUGAAGGUCGUAUCUCUGUUAUAUCCAUGUUGUCUAGCCAGGAUAUACACGUGAAUGGUUUCACGACACCGACAAAUGAGAGAUAUCUCUCGAACCCCAUGUACCAAUAUGUGCAGAUAAACUUGCAAGAAAACCUUCUAAAGUCCUUUCUCGUGUCGCUAUUUCUUUCAUCGAUAGCCAAGUCGGUCCCCCAAGAACUACAUUCGACAUACUUGGUGUCGAGUCAAAACAUGGAAUUCGUGCGCGAGCACCUUGGUAUGGUAAACAAACACAUCGGAUACGUCUAUCUUGUGGAUGACAACCUCAAGGUCAGAUGGGCUGGUUGCGCAGAUGCCAAGGUAGAGGAAACGAAUGCACUUGAGCAAUGUACGGGAGUGCUAUUAAGCAGACUAGAAAAGAAAAGAUCUGCCAAAGCCCCACGAUAG